AUGCGUGGAUACAAGACGAUGACUUGGUCAAAACGUGGGGUUUCAUUUGUAGCACAUACUAGUUCAGUUGUACUAUUAAUGAUUUCGGAGGCUGAAAAAGGUGAUGGAAACCUUUUAGCCAUUGAUGACAUCAAGGUACGUGUUUGUUCGAUUAAUCAUUCUGGUUUCUGUCCUCCAGAAAACUCAUUAUCGUCAUCGUUUAAACCAGAUGCUUGUGAAAAUCGAACAAUGAUCGGUUUUAAUUGUAAUACACCUAAUAGCUUAUGUAAAAUGCUUAAACCAUGUCAAAAUAAUGGAACAUGUUAUGAUACUGAGACUGAGAUUCCUAGUUAUCAUUGUUCAUGUCCAUCUGAUUUUAAUGGUACUGAUUGUGAAUUUAAUUGUCGGCCUUGUAAACCAUAUACUUGUCUUGAUCAUGGUUUAUGUAAUGAAACAUCAAAUUCAACAUUUAAUUGCAUAUGUGAUGCCGGUUGGCAAGGAGCUCACUGUGAAUCGAUGAUAAAUUUUUGUGAUAAUGUCACAUGUUUCAAUAGAGGUGUUUGUCGACCAUUAUUAUUGAGUUAUAAAUGUGAAUGUCUUGGUAAUAGCUAUUCAGGUGUUCAUUGUCAAAUAACUUCAAAAAAGAUUAUUAUUUAUAAAAUUGUGACAAAAUCAUUUGCAUAUAUUGCAAUUAUUGCAAUAUCAUUAGUUGCUAUGUUUGUCAUCACAAUGGAUAUACUGAAAUAUUGUUUUGGUAUUGAUCUAACACGUGAAGAAUUAGAAAGAUAUCGACGAGAAAAACGAAUAAAGAAACGAAAACUACUGAUGAUUCAAUAG